AUGGGGCUGUGCCCGCUCCUCAAGGUUCCGCGUCUUCCUUUCCGGCUGCCCCGCGUGGUGACAGAGAGGAGUCCCCUAUUGGACCAAGUACAGAGCUUUCUCCCACAGAUGGCUCAGGCAAACGAAAAGCUAAGGAAAGAAAUGGCAGCUGCACCACCUGCUCAUUUCAAUAUUGAAAAUAUUGACGAGACUCUCAGAAAAGUUAUGCAAAUGGAUGUGGCCUUGUUUGAGAUGAAUCAGUCUGAUUCAAAAGAAGAUGACAGUUCACAAGAGAAUUCACAAGACAGUUCAGAGGACAGUUCAGAAUUUGAGGAUGAAGAUGAUAGCACCUCUUCUGAAGGUGAAGUCACCAUCGAUACAAUUAAGCUUCCUCAUUCAGAAGAUGGAAAAGGCAAAAUAGAGUUUCUGGACCGUCCUGCCAGUGAAGAAAAAGAAAACAGAGACAUAAACAAUCUGAGAAACAGGUGA